CCUUAGGGGGCGGUGUAUACGGCCGGGCCCGGGGCUGCGCGUCCAGCGGAGUGGUCUGAGUCGAGUCCCCACCGAGGCGAGAGCUUGUCUGGAUCCGCAUCGCUCGGGGCACCCAGGUGGAGAGAGUGGAUUUCGGUGCUCUAUCACUUCUAAUUAUGCAAACAAAGGGAACUAAUUACAGACAACUAGAUGUCGCUGUCUCUUGCCAGUGACAUCUGAUGUUCCAGCAAAUGGCCUCACCACUGAAAUGCUGAAAAGAUACUCCUGAAGUCCCAGCAACAACACACCUGACACAGACUGGUUUGCCCUCAGCUGGGUAUUCCCAGGCGUGAUGACGCCAGGCAGGUGGUAUGCUGUCCGUCCAGCUCAGGCCCAGGCUUCAAGGGAACGAGGGCGCCUUCAGAUGGUAAAGAAGGAAGAAGACGACGAAGGGUACAUCACAGUACAGCUUGCCAGGCCGCAAACACUCAAUCGUCCUGGCCAGGAGCUUUUCCGCCAGCUCUUUCGACAGCUUCGUUAUCAUGAGUCUUCUGGGCCCUUAGAGACUCUCAGCCGGCUCGAGGAGCUCUGCCGCUGGUGGCUGAGGCCUGAUGUUCUUUCCAAGGCCCAGAUUCUGGAGCUGCUGGUGCUCGAGCAGUUCCUGAGCAUUCUUCCAGGGGAGCUCCGGACCUGGGUGCAGCUGCAUCACCCUGAGAAUGGUGGGGAGGCCGUGGCCCUCCUGGAGGAGUUAAAAUGGGACCAUGAUGGGACAGCAUGGACGGACCCAGCCCCCACCCAGAACCCAGAUGUGCACUGGAUGGGUACAAGAGCCCUGCAAGCCACACAGAUAUGGACCCGUGCUUCACCUCUCAGGAGCAGCUCUGCUCUGGGGGACCACCUGGAGCCUCCCUCUGAAAUAGGAAAACAUGACUUCCUGGCUGGGCAAUCCGGUUCUCCUGCUGCCCAGCCUGCCCUUCCCCAGAGAGAGGGGUGCCCAGGAGACCAGGUAACAGCCCAGCCUCAGGAGGCCCUGACUUUUAAGGAUGUGGAGGUGACCUUCUCCCAGGAUGAGUGGGGAUGGCUGCACCCUGCUCAGAGGAACUUGUACAGGGAUGUAAUGCUGGAGAAUCACAGGAAUGUGGCUUCGCUGGUAGGGCCAUUCACCAAACCUGCUCUGAUCUCCUGGUUGGAGGCAAGGGAGCCAUGGGGCCUGAAUAUCCAGGUCACUCAGCCCAAGAGUGCCCCAGCCGCUGCCCCUACAGGAGGUGAGCUCCAGAUUACAACCAACAAGUUCAUCCUAAAACAUGAACCUUCGGAAGUAGCAGAAACCUCAGCAGUGCCAUCAGGCUGUCAUGCAACAAAUGUUUCUGAGGGAGAAUCUUUUCAACAGAAGAAUGUGUUAAAGGAACAAUGUGAAAACCCCUUAAAGCUGAGAGUUAAGAAAGAAGAGACCAAUUUUAGUCAUAAAACAGAAGAGUCUCAAUCAGAAAAAAGUAAUUAUCUUAACCUAAAACAUGUUGUGUAUUUGAGAGUUCCCAGAAGAAAGCACUCCCUUAAACAUGGCCACGGCAGGCACUUCAGAGGGAAUUCAUUCCACUACGAAUACAAGGAGUUUGGGAAAGGGCUUAGACACCUGAUGGGCAGGUUUAACCUGUAUCCGAGAAUUCAUGCUGGACUGAAAGGGAAUGUAAAGGAUGUGUGUGGGAAAAACCCCAGCCUUAGCGCUCAUCCUCAGCCUGGGCAGGCUCUUCACGUGGUGGGAACAUCAUACAGGUGCAGUGACUGUGGAAGGACCUUCAGUUGUAGCUCCCACCUCGCGUGUCACCGGAGACUUCACUCUCCCGAGAAACCAUUUAAAUGUAGGGUAUGUGGGAAAGCUUUCAGAUGGAGCUCAAACUGUGUGCGACAUGAGAAAAUUCACACUGGAGUGAAACCCUACAAAUGCAAUUUAUGUGACAAAGCUUUCCAGCGCAUGUCUGCCUACCGUAUGCACCAGGAAACGCACACUAAGCAGACGUUUCUGGAACCGAAUCAGUGUGAGGAUUCUCUUCCCUAUGACUCAAAGUUUGAUCAUUUCAGAGACCAAACUGAGGAGAAACCCUUUGACUGCAGCCAGUGUAGAAAAUCCUUUCACUGUAAAUCAUAUAUUCUAGAACAUCAAAGGAUUCACACCCAGGAGAAACCCUAUAAAUGUAUCAGGUGUAGAAAAACCUUUAGGUGGAGGUCAAACUUCACUCGUCAUAUGAGAAUGCAUCAUGAGGAAAAGUUCUAUGACCAGGACAAAUGUAGAGAAGAUGUUAAACAGACCCCUCCAUGCAGCGUGUCCCAGAAUGUGCCCACUGUGGAGAGAGCUUUUCUCUGCCAGCAGUGUGGGAAAACUUUCAUUAGGAAGAAAUCGCUCAUUAAUCACCAGAGAAUCCACACAGGCAGGAAACCAUACCAAUGUGGCGAAUGUGCGAAAGAGUUUACCCAGAGGGCAGCCUUUAUUGUUCAUAAGAAGCAGCAUGCUGCUACAGGAAAACCUGCGGAUGGGCCAUCUUUUAGUCAAGACAGAACAUUGCAAAUUCCCCAGAGUGGUCACACAGCAGAGGAACCCUAUACAUGUAGCCAGUGUGGCAAAGCUUUCCGCAAUCACUCAUUUCUUCUUAUCCAUCAAAGAAUUCACACCAGAGAGAAGCCUUACAAGUGCAGGGAAUGUGGGAAAGCUUUCAGGUGGAGCUCUAACCUCUCCCGCCAUCAGCGGAUUCACUCUUUCAAAAAUCGGUAUGAAUGUCAUGGGAGUGGAAACAUUUCAAAUCUGCAGCCACAAAUCAUGUCUGAUGGAAAACCUUUCUGGUGCCAAGAAUGUGGGAAGUCCUUUACACGUAAAAGGUCUCUCUUAGAUCACAAGGGAAUCCACAGUGGAGAGAAGCGCUAUAAAUGUAACCUGUGUGGGAAAUCUUACGAUAGAAAUUAUCGCCUUGUUAAUCAUCAGAGAAUCCACACCAAAGAGAGACCUUUUAAAUGUCAGUUGUGUGGGAAAGAUUUCAUUGCAAGGCAUACCCUCAGUAUUCAUCAGAGAAAACAUGCCAGAGUCACACAGUCCGACUGCAGCCUGGCUGGGUUAUCUUCCUCCCAGGACACAGGAAUGAAUUUACAGGAAUUAAAACCGAGUGCAGAGAAGCGUGUUGAAGAUUGUAAGGAAACUUGUGACCAGAGCUCCAGGCUCACUGGACUCCAGAAUGUGCCUGUUGGGGAAAAGUGCCACAAAUGUAGCACAUGUGGGAAGACGUUUAGUAAGAGCUCACAACUGAUUAGCCACAAGAGAUUUCAUACUCGAGAGAGGCCCUUCAAGUGCAGAGAGUGUGGGAAGACCUUCAGGUGGUCUUCAAAUUUGGCUCGGCAUAUGAAAAACCAUAUUAGAGAUUAGCCUGGGGCCUGGCUAUGGCGGGAGAAGGAUCCCUAGCCACUUGCUGAAGAACAGGGACCUUCACAAAGGUCUCUGUUUUGAAAGCUAGUGGCAGAGAAUGUUGAGAGGCUUCCCAAACUCAGGGUGCCCCCCAUUCUACCCAGUGGGAAGUGAGAUCUAGGAAAGAGCAGCAACCUGUUCUUUGGGGCCCUCCAGGAAUGGCCUUGGCACAAAGGCCUGGGCUCCCAGCCUCGACUCCAAGAAAGAGACCAAUACCCUUGUGGUUUGACAAAAUGCCUGUGGCAUGGUGGACUGUGACCUCCGGGAAGAGCCAGUGGGUCCUAAAUUUCUCUUGAGUGCUUUUUCUGUUUGUUCUUGGAAACAAUGGCAGCAAAACAGUAGAAUGGACUCCUGUUUACCUAGACACCUCUUGGGAAGUAUGACUGUGGCUUAAGCCUACACGGCUGGUUUUUGAUAGCUGCCAUGAUCACAGCUUGCUGUCCUCCGCUUGCUGUUGACACGAGUGUUGGUCUCUACCACCCAGCGGAUGGCGCUCUACAGGGGCCUCAUCACCAUCUUCUGACAGGUGUCCAUGGCAGCAGUUUAACAGAAAUGUGUGGCACACCUCUUGAAUGCCAGGCACUGUGUGUGUGCCAGAAAACUAGCAGUGACUGGAAUAGACAAAACCCUGCUGGCUUGGAUCUUUACAGAUGAUAAGCAAAUGAGCUAUCCAGUGUUUUGGGUGGUGAUGUGUGUUGUGGACUUAGGACAGAAGAGUGAGAGGGAGUGUUGGAUUGAGAGGUAGAUUGUGAUUUUAAAUAGGCUGGUCAGGGAGUGCCUCCACUGAGGUGAAGUUUGAGCAAAGGCCUGAAGAAGGUCAGGGUGCCCCUGGGCCUCCAGAUUCAGGCAAGGAGUGGAGACUGGCCUGGUGUCCUUUGGAAAUGGCAAAGAGAACCCAGAGCUGGGGUGGAGGAGCCAGCUGGAAGAGGGGCCCAGAGUGCUGUAGGAGCAGCAUUAUGAGUCCUCCCUGGGACAUGGACUGCUUCCAAAGGAGGGAACUUGGGUUGGCUUUAACUUGAGGUGUAAUGUUGCAUCUUACAGGCUUAACCAGAGGUGCAGAAACCCAGUCAAAUCACAUAGUGAAAGACUUCUAUGCCCUUGUCCCUGCUGCCUGUGUCCAUGAACAGGACGCUCUCCCCACCCCCACAUCUGAAUUUCAUGUGUGACCUCUCGCCUUCAGCAGUUGUGAGUGGGGGCACGCUCAUGGAAGACACCAUUUCUUGUCAUCAGAAGAAACCAAACCCUGGAAUAUCCUUUCAAUAGAGUCGUGAUAGGGGAUAACCUUACCCAUUCUGGCUUUGUGUUCUGGAAGACUUGGUCGUCUUGACUCUGCACCCCUUUUGCUUUCCUAUAGCAGUAGUUGCUCACAGCCUGGAAUUGUGUCCUGUCAUUGGUACUGUUUCUAAAAGAGGUUGGACAGGGCCCAGGGUCAUAGGAAUGUCCUUGGAGUCAUCAGUCUUGGCUCGGUCCGCUGUGCCUUUCCUUAGCAGGAUGUCCUUGGUGAGGUAUUGAGCCCUGCAUCUCUUUUCGUGUAAGAUUAAUUUACUGUGCUGCCUGACUGGGCUUGGUGAAUGAGGGCCUGGCUGGCAAAGAUUUUUGAUUACUUGGCUAAUCUCUAGCACCAGGACCAGAGCCCCCACGGAACUUGUACUCGCAGGUCGUUGGUGCUCCAAGUGUGGAUGUCCCCCUUGCCUGUCUGUAUUUUCACUAUCCCACUCCUUAGGCCACCUAGCACAUCACCGAGUUCCUGCCUCAAUAGAGGUGUUUUUCCUGCCAUUUUAAUAAAAUGAGCUGUGCAUAUUUUUAAACACUCAAGUCAAAAAUAUAAAUUCAUAAAGAAUAAAAGAAAAAUCAAGUGAAAUCCCUCUAUACUGAGGUAAACGGUUAGUAUUUUGGAUUGCACUGAUGCAGCCUGUUCAAUAACCUGAGUUUUUAACUAAUUCUAGCGGUAUAAAUAUGUGAUUAUGAAAUUAAUAAUAAAAACAAAGGAUAAGGAAAGGCGGUUCUUUAGAACUAAAAGUCUGUCUGUAUGGGUGUUGGGUUUGACUUAGUUGCCUCUCAAUCAAGUCCGUGUUCCUGGACUGACCUGCCUUGUGUGGCCAUCUUCACCUGGACUGCCAGAGCCUCUCUUUGUGCUGGCCCAGGACCUCGCUCAUCAAGGCCGAGUCUUCCCUGAUCAUCACCACUCUACGCCCUCCCUGGCUCCAAGGCCUCCCCUGUGCCUCUCAGCUGCUUUGAUAGGUGUUGUUUGGGUUUCUCGAGGCCAGGGUGGGGAGCUUAUUUAUCUGCCAGUGUAGAGGAGGUUUGCACAAGGUUGCCUCUAAGGUAAGUCAGGACUGGAGUUUUGUGAAGGGGCUCUUGAGUGAGAUGUUUACUGGAGGCCUCCCACAAGCACACUUCUGCUAGUUAGCAUCACAGCUAUAUGGUUCUGGGGUGUAUGGUUCCAGCUGAUGCUGUUCGAUGGUCUCUGUCACCAGUUGUCAUCUCUUACCUCAUCCUGCCUGGGCAACUUAAGCCUUCUCCCAACCCUCACCCACUUCAUUUUGCUUUGUAGAAGGAACUGAGAUUGGGGCUGGGGAGGGCCAGAUGGACUGGACCUCCACAGAGAGUAGGGGGUAGCAGUUGGCCUGUUGAGUACAGAGAAGAACAUACAGGGGGUAUAAACUAAAUGCUCCCUCUCACUUUAUCAAGUUCCUGGGGAACAGUGGGAACAAACUGCUGUAGGAAUGGACGUUGUGUCAACCCCUGUGCCAAGUGUUUUGCAAGAUCUUAUAAAGUUUUAUGUCCUCUACCACCAAGCAGUUCUACUCCUGAAGAACUUUAGAGGAACUCUCUGUGAAGAAGGAAAUGUGUUUAAGACUUUUUGCAGUGUUGUUGCGGUAUUGUUUAGCUGGCAAAAUUGGAAAGAGUCCAAAUUCCCAUCACCAGAAAAGCAGGUAAAAUGGGUUGUUUUGGGGGCCGUUGGAAAGUGAACAGGAAAGACCGAGAGUUACAUUUUACAUUUGUUUUGACAGACAAAGUGGAUGGUGAGCAAGUUGCAGAAGAUAAAGCCAAUAUACCAUUUAUAUAAAGUUAAACAACUGUGGCGGUGGGUGUAUUUAAACUUAAUUGUGUUUUGUUUUUUUUCUGUAAAAUGGAAUAGUAGAGCCAGCCUCACAGGAUGACGGGUUGGGGAAACAGUUAGUGAAAUAGUUAAUGAAAUAUUGCAUGUAAAGUGCUUAGAGUAGUAGCUGGCAUGUAAGCAUUGUUGGCAUAAGCAGUGUUGUUACUGUUUUGCAUAAUAUAUUUUCAGUGGAUUCAAAUUACAUGAAGUUCAAGUAGACAGUCAUGUACUGGGACUCUGUGGAAAGUGAUACUCUGCUUUCCCAGGACAGGAGUUGGGGAAAUCAGGGCAGGUACACGGAGCCUUCUGUUGUCUUUUAUAAAGUUGAUGUAGGUGGGUCAGCAUGUUGAUCUAAACAGGAUAGUGUGGUGGGGUCCUUUAUAAACUUUGAUUAAAAUAUUUAAUAAAAAUAUUUUUAAGCAUGGGCUCUGUCUGACACCUGAUGAUUUUAUAGAAACCCUGGCUCUGUUACGAUGUGAUAUUACUUAGAGUGAGCCGUCAAAUCUCUCCAGGUUUCAGGGUUUUUUCCUGCCAAAAUGGAGCAACACAAAUGGCCGACUGUAAAGAAAUAGUUAAAGCAGUCUGGUACUGCUGUGGUGGCACAUGGCAAGGCAGUUAAGGGGCGUGUUAUCUCUGUUGGCAUAAUCGCUGAGACAGGUAGGUGUCAGGAAGUUAUAAGCCCUAUUUCUUUCAUUCUAAAAAUAAGAGAAACCAGGAGCUCUAAGUACUUCCAAGUUCAAGGGCCUUGGGGAGGAGAUGCUUAGUCAGCCGUCCCGCUUCGUUAGGUAGGUGAGGAGAGGUGGUGAGUCAGUGUCAGAGCAGCUACUGCACCUUUUAAACUGAUUCAAAAACUGCUAAAAACAGCCAGGAAGUUUUGCAUCAGCCAGUGUCUAGUUAGGAGCCAGAAACCAUACCAAAAGAAUCUAUUAAGGAUUGCUCUGGAUCCCUAAGAAACUAGAAAGACAAAGAAUGCCUUGAUGUGUGUGUGUGUUGGGGGUGGGGUGGGGUGUGAGUACCUUCCAAGAGGCAGCAACCACCCCAGGACUGGGAAUUAGAAUAGAGUUGACCUCAGCGUUGAUGUUUGAACACAGACAGCUUUCAAACCCUGCCCCUGCCUGUUGUGCCUCUCAUCUGGGCAGCUGAAAGCCCCCGCAGCCCUGUCAGCACUCUAAGGGAAGUUGAAGGAAAGCCUGACUUCAUUUUGUGUUGGAACCUUCACCCCUAACCACUGUGAAAGCCAGAGUCACUGACUGGCUUCCAGUCAAGGCACACCAGCAGGCUUGGGUGCCUGUCUUCCUCUGCGUCAUUUUGUGCAUAAUAAACUUUG